AUGUCUUCUCAAUACAAGGACAAGGAAACAAGAAAGGCUGCGGUUGAAGCCACGUUGUGUCCGGGUUGGCAUCAGCUUCUCGUGCCCGAUAGACGGCCCCCGGCAUGGAAAGUGAACUUUGUUGCUAGCUUGGCCGUCUUUGACCUGCAUGUGGGCUGGACGAAGAGAUCAACACCCGCGCUAGGAGCUCCAAUCACGGCCGGCCUACUACAGGCCAGGCUUCCGGCUGAGCCUCCAUCAGUGCAGCUGCCCCGGUUCGGCGGAGCUCAUCGUGAGAUAACCCCUGGAGUCUCGGGCUUUUGCGGCGACAACACAUGGCUCUGGGGCAAGCUGAACCACCAGGGCCACGUCUGCGGGCUGAUACGGGGCCCAGGCACAGUGAUUGUUGGACAGGCAGAGUCCCAGACGGAUGAGCGGGACACUUUACUGGCCGUGUGGGUGCCCGCCUGCCUGGAUGAGGCGAUCGAUAACUAUCCCUCGGCUUUGCAGGCCAUCUGGUCGCGAUAA